GCCUUCAACCUCUCCAGCCGCGGCAGGACGGGGGCGGCCGCCGUGGGUCCGGGGCGGGGACAGCACGCAGCCUCGCGGCGCGCACCCCCGCCCGGCAACGGCCACGACACCCAGGGCGAGCGGGAAAGCGGCGGCGGCGGCAGCGGCGGCGGGGGAAGGAUGCAGGGGAAGAAGCCAGGAGGCUCGUCGGGCGGCGGCCGGAGCGGCGAGCUGCAGGGGGACGAGGCGCAGAGGAACAAGAAGAAGAAAAAGAAGGUGUCCUGCUUCUCCAACAUCAAGAUCUUCCUAGUGUCUGAGUGCGCCUUGAUGUUGGCGCAGGGAACAGUGGGCGCCUACCUGGUGAGCGUGUUGACCACCCUGGAACGCAGGUUCAACCUUCAGAGUGCUGACGUAGGUGUGAUCGCCAGCAGCUUCGAGAUUGGGAACCUGGCGCUGAUUCUCUUCGUGAGCUACUUCGGAGCACGUGGGCACCGACCGCGCCUUAUCGGCUGUGGCGGCAUCGUCAUGGCCCUGGGCGCACUGCUGUCAGCCCUGCCAGAAUUCCUCACUCACCAGUACAAGUACGAGGCUGGCGAGAUCCGCUGGGGUGCAGAGGGCCGCGAUGUCUGUGCCACCAAUGGCUCCAGUAGUGAUGAGGGGCCUGACCCCGACCUUAUCUGCCGUAACCGGACAGCCACCAACAUGAUGUACUUGCUGCUCAUUGGGGCUCAGGUGCUCCUGGGCAUCGGUGCUACCCCCGUGCAGCCCCUGGGGGUCUCCUACAUUGACGACCACGUGCGCAGGAAGGACUCCUCGCUCUACAUAGGAAUCCUGUUCACGAUGUUGGUAUUUGGACCAGCCUGUGGAUUUAUUCUGGGCUCUUUCUGUACCAAAAUCUAUGUGGAUGCCGUCUUCAUUGACACAAGUAACCUGGACAUCACUCCAGAUGACCCGCGCUGGAUUGGAGCCUGGUGGGGCGGCUUUCUGCUCUGUGGUGCCUUGCUCUUCUUCUCGUCCCUCUUGAUGUUUGGGUUCCCACAAUCCCUGCCCCCACACUCGGACCCCGCCAUGGAGAGUGAGCAGGCUAUGCUCCCGGAAAGAGAAUAUGAGAGGCCUAAGCCCAGCAAUGGGGUCCUGAGACACCCCCUGGAGCCAGACAGCAGUGCCUCCUGUUUCCAGCAGCUGAGAGUGAUCCCCAAGGUCACCAAGCAUCUGCUCUCAAACCCGGUGUUCACCUGCAUCGUCCUGGCUGCCUGCAUGGAGAUUGCUGUGGUGGCUGGCUUCGCUGCCUUCCUGGGCAAGUACCUGGAACAGCAGUUUAACCUCACCACUUCCUCUGCCAACCAACUGCUCGGGAUGACGGCAAUCCCCUGUGCCUGCCUGGGCAUCUUCCUGGGUGGCCUCUUGGUGAAGAAGCUGAGUCUGUCUGCUCUGGGGGCCAUUCGGAUGGCCAUGCUUGUCAACCUAGUGUCCACGGCCUGCUACGUCUCCUUCCUCUUCCUGGGCUGUGACACGGGUCCUGUGGCUGGCGUCACUGUUCCCUAUGGAAACAACUCAGCGCGUGGCUCGGCCCUCGACCCCUACUCUCCGUGCAACAGCAACUGUGAGUGCCAAACGGAUUCCUUCACCCCAGUGUGUGGGGCCGACGGCAUCACCUACCUGUCAGCCUGCUUUGCUGGCUGCAAUAGCACGAACCUCACAGGCUGUGCAUGCCUCACCACCGUCCCCCUGGAGAACGCCACCGUGGUUCCAGGAAAAUGUCCCAGUCCUGGGUGCCAAGAAGCCUUCCUAACCUUCCUCUGUGUGAUGUGUGUGUGCAGCUUGAUCGGGGCCAUGGCCCAAACCCCCUCUGUCAUCAUCCUCAUCAGGACAGUCAGCCCUGAACUCAAGUCGUAUGCGCUGGGAGUACUUUUUCUCCUCCUUCGUUUGUUGGGCUUCAUCCCCCCACCUCUCAUCUUUGGGGCCGGUAUCGACUCCACGUGUCUGUUCUGGAGCACCUUCUGUGGGGAACAAGGCGCCUGCGUCCUCUAUGACAACGUGGUCUACAGAUACCUGUACGUCAGCAUCGCCAUUGCGCUCAAGUCCUUCGCCUUCCUCCUCUACACCACCACGUGGCAGUGCCUGCGGAAAAACUAUAAACGCUACAUCAAAAACCACGAGGGCGGGCUGAGCACCAGUGAGUUCUUUGCCUCUACUCUGACCCUAGACAAUCUGGGGAGGGACCCUGUGCCCGCGCACCAGACACAUAGGACAAAGUUUAUCUAUAACCUGGAAGACCAUGAGUGGUGUGAAAACAUGGAAUCUGUUUUAUAGUGACUUCAGGAGGAGGGCUGAACUCUGUAUUCGUGAACAAAGGGUCGUUUUUCUUAAUAAAAAAAGAGAAAGAAAAAAGGAUUUCAAAAACAGACACACACGCACACACACACAUGCAUACACAUAAGACCUUUGUCCUUUUCUAAAAAUUCAGAGCCAGGCAGGAUUCAGAAUAAAGAGAGGAUGGGAUGGCCCCGGAGGGCACGCACACUGCUGGGCUCGGAAUCUGCUUGGAAGGGUACCUCAUGGUUUUCACGAUGCCAACAGCUGCAAGCAACAGGCACUGCCAAAUUCAGGGAACACUUGUGGCCAGCUUGGAGGAUGGACGUUUCUGGAUAUCUAUACACAUACAAACUUUAAAAGCAUUAGAAAUAAAAAAGAGUCUACUAAAAAAAAAUCACAAGUUCGAGUUGAAAACAUUACCAGGUUUAGCACUAGUGACACCCCCUCCUUCCAUCAGGUUGGGGGGGUGGGAGCCCCACUCCUCUCUCCACCUUUCACAAUGUGGGUCACUGUGUAGACCACUCACCCAGUCUGCGUGUGGUUCAAGUCCCCAGAGUUCUCUGAGAGAUGCUGAUGGGCGACCCGGACUGGCGUCUGUGGCUGGCAUCUCUCACCAGCUCCAUUUCCAUGUUCAAGACUGAGGGCCCAAGGGGGAGCUUGGGGGGCAUUACCUCCCCAUCUCCUAGCACCUCCUCCCUACCAGCCCCACAGUGUGACCUCAGGAAGCUGUGGCCUCACCUGGCUAUGACUGACCUGCUCAGAGCCGGUGAGCCCCGACAUAGCCCAAGUCAUUUGCUUAUGUUUGCCAAACAUUUUGCCAUUUUUUCCCAAAAACUGCAAAAUACAAGGCGUACGAAUUUCCAACCAUUGUAUGUAUAAUCCUCUGAUACUAUUUUUAACAACUUCUUGAGUCUGUGUUAACCCUUCAGUCACUAACAAAGUUUUUACCUUUCUCCUUUUUUAAUGCACCAAAAAUAUAAAGCGAUUCAAGGGAUGCAAUUAA